UUCUUGGCGUUGUUUUUGUUGUUGUUGUGCCCCGCCCUCUCGUGAGGAAGCUCGACAGACCUUUUCCUCAACCAUCACCACCACCUACUUACCUGCCUACCUACUGCUAUACCCACAUACCCACCUACCUAUCUACCCACAUCCUCUUGUCUUCGUUUGAAGCCUGCCAACAUCCCCUACUAGCCCGUCUGACUCUGUCACCACCGGCUUUGCCCAUACCAGCAUACCAGCCUACCCACAUCCACAUACCGACAUCUCUGCCUCUUCGUCUGGCUCCUGUCGACUCCACCCACCAACCCAUCCAACCUAGUCACCAUCGUCUAUACCCUCUCCACACCUACAUAUCCACACCACAACCCAGCAUCACGAUGGCUGGCGUCCCUGGAAAGCUCGUCGCGGAGUUCCGUGAGCUGCUCUGGCCGGUCCUCUGGGACCUCAAUGAUUUCGUCAAGGUGCUUCCCGACCCCGUAUACCGCCAAUGGACCAUGACGGACGAAGAAGUCGAGGUUCUCCAAGCAAAAAUCACCGCAGACCACAAAACCGCCGCGGGGAAAAAAGUAGACGCCUACGAAGAAUUCAGCAGGACGUCCAACGAGUUUUGCCAGAACGUGAAGACGUGGCACCGUCACCGCGCAGCACACCACUGGAUAUGCUUUGGCCUCACAAAGCAUAACAGCUUCGUCCCUCGCGUUAGCGAAGGUCAGUUCACCGCCGAGCUGGCCAAAGAGCACGACGAGAUGGCGAGCGAGAUGCCAUCAGCAAACCGCAAGAUAGCACCGCUCAAGAAGAAGAAGAAGGUCGAGGUCGAGACCGAGACUUUGAGUGAGCUCGACAAAGAGCUCCUGGACCUCACGGACGCUGCACCGGGAUACAAUGCAGACAACUACACAUCACCAUUGCCCACCACGAGUGAGGCGUCACCUUCUCAGGCACAAGGGCCCGCCACAGCCGCCGAUGCCCAAUCAAAAUCUUCUUUUCCGUUUGAUACCACCGUUCCUCUUCUCGCCUCCGCCUCCCAACCCUCUCCCGUCGUGAGCCAGAAUGCCUCGACCCAAGUCUCUUUUCCGGCGGAAUCCUCCUUCUCUUCUCCUCAUCCUCCUCCCCCCUCUCCUCCCACCGACAAUCCCGCCCUUGUGGCACAACUGGCCGCCCUCGAAGCCAGGGUACGUGACCUCGAGUCACUCAAUGUUGGUCUCUCUGCGGAGAACCAGCAGUACCAGCAAGAGGCGGUGCAGCAGCAGCAGCAACACCAGCAGCAGCAACAAGACCUGCAAAGACAGGCACAAGAGAAGAUGGACGAGAUCCAAGGCGUACUGAUCGCCACUCAGACUGCCGGCCGGACCAUAGAGCACCGACUCGAAAUGGCCGAGACCGCGCAGAGUGCUCUACAGGAGCAAUGCCACGCCUUGUCGAGGCAACUCGUCGAGGCACAGCAGCACGCAGUCUCUGCACAGACAGAGCUUCAAUCCACCGAGGCUGCCCGUCGUGCUCUCCAAGAGCAGUGCCAAAAGCUGUCCACACAGGUGGAUCACCAGCUGGCCACUGAGAAGGAAGUUGCCGCCAGGGGCGCAGCUGACCGACUCGCGAUGAUUGAGCGCCACAGGGAGGAGCUGUUGAAGAUGUCCAAGGUCAAUGGUGCUCUGGCCGCGGAAAAUCUCGGCAUUCGGAUGAAACUGGAGGAAGCAGAGGCGGCUGGUCCAGCAGUCGACCAAACUUUCACGGCACCCCUUCAGGAGGCUGCCCCAGUGGACGAAGCUCCUGCACCACCACCACCACAGGAGGCCCCGGCGUUUCCAUACCGUCGCAUCCUCGAGUCAGUGAGGACCCGCCCUGCCAUUAUGAACCCCAAGGGGAGGUUUCAAGCAGCCGGCUACGACUACGAGGCUCUGCCCGGUGAGAUUCGUCGGCACCUCUCCAGCACCUCCCCUCCGUCCCUCGAGAAGCGUCUCGAGCGCUUUCUUACCUUCAUCUCUUGGGUAGAGGACCCCCGUCAGCAGCGGCGGGAAUUGCGCGACCUCGAGUCGAUCGCGAUUGAGGUACACUGGAAUGUGGAAGCAGUCCUAAAGUCCCCCGAGCAGUGGAGUGACGAAACCACGCUCGUCGGAUUGGAGACUCAGAUCGGCGCUGUUGAGGCGGCAACAGCAGCGUACGAUGUCUGCUUUGCGGACUUCUGGGCUCCAGACUGCAAACUCGGCCAUGUUCCCGCGCCUAUUCCCGGCAUGCCGGUGGACUUGCGUGUGGUUCUGGCGAGGAAGGGCCUACGGGAGCUCCAGACGACGUUUGAAGCGCUCGUCGAGCUCGAUGAGAAGUUCGGUGUGGGACCGCAGCCGUGGAGAUUCGAGAACCCGUUCAAGAGGUUCUUAGACGCCGAGGUGGGCAAGGUCGAAGUGCGCCUCAAGGCGUACGAGAUCCCUCCGCGUCCUCGACCUUCUGUUCGGCCGGCUGAGAACGAUCCUCGCCGUAUUCGUCUCCCUCCCUUGCCUCCACUGCCGACUUUCCCUUCUCCUUCUCCUCCACCUGCCUCCCGCCGAUUCCGACCCGCACCAGCUCCCCGCCGACUCACCCGCGUCUCAUCACCACCACCACCUCCUCCUCCUCACCGAGUUCACUUCGCGCCAUCACCUUCUCCCCGCGAAGCCUCUUCUCGUCUCGUCUCGCCGCCGCCGCCAUCUCGUCGCCCCUCUCCCCCCUCUUUUCCUUCUGCUGAGGCACCCAGCAGCGCACCAGCAGUGACUGAGCGCGUUUCGUAUGCUGCCGUCACGACGGCCCUUGGGUUCGUCAGCCUGCUGGUGUUGCACUGGGUGUGCUCUUUCUACGUCUCGUAGAAGAGCUGGAGUUUGGGUUCUACGGUCAAGCUGCCGAGCAUUCAUGUGGUUCUGGGUUUCUAGAUGCCCUGUCUCGCGGUUGUUUUCUGAUUUCUUCUUGGAGCUUUGGCAGUUCUGUGGUGAUUUCUCGGUCCUUGUGGCAAUUGUGGAUGUCUUUCCUCCUGGCAUCGUCUGUGGUGGUUUGCGAGACCUAUCUGUUUGGUUGUUUUC